AUGACGAGAGUUUUUGUUUAUACCAUCGCUCUCGCGGCUUUUGUCGCCGCGACGACAUUGACCUUCGUAUCAAUCUUCACACCCGAUUGGAUUUCAUGGGAUAUGACGACGCCGAACGGAAAUCAUGUAACGAAAACGAUAGGACUUCAUCGCGGCUAUAGUUCGCUGACGGGCCACUCUUCUCAUUUCCCCACACCUGAAGAUUGUGCGGGGCCAGAUCGAAGAUUCUGCUCUAUGUGGCGAUCGGUGGGAUUUCUCAUGUCUUUCGCAGCUGUGGUAGAAUUGGUUACGUUGGUUGCAUAUGUGGUUGUGCUACUUGGUGGCAAACAGAAGAGAGAAACCGGUUGGAAAAUACUAGUUUUCAUGUUGGUGCUAGUGGGUGUAGUUCAAGCGGCUAGCAUGAGUAUUGUGGCAUAUCUUUAUGACCAUGAUGAACAAUUCUUUCCGGGCUGGAGGCUGGAUAAGGGAUGGAUCUUCUGCACUGUUAGUUGGUGUAUCUCGAUUGUGUCGGCUGGAUGUAUUGCAAUCUCCGCCUUUGCGUUCUCUCCUGAAGAUGGCUACGAACUCAUACCAAGUGAGCGAUACGGAGGACUUUCCGGCUGA